UAGUGCCAACUGAGAGCUUCCUCCUCUACCUCAGCCAAAAGCAGGGCACUCUCCCCCACACACAUCACAACGAUACCCCGAGUCCCCGACCACGCACAUCACCGCAGACAUACACCCACCGUCGAUAGUUAGCUAGCUAGCUACGAGUCGUACCGCUAGGCUACUAGCUAGUGAGCUCCGCGAAGGGGAUCGAGCAAGAUGCCGGGCGGCGACGGAGGCGGGGGGCUGGGGAAGGUGAAGGCGGGGAGCCGGCCGCCGUGGGUGGGGCUGGCGGCGGCGGUGUGGGUGCAGGUGGCGGCCGGCAGCGCCUACGUCUUCCCGCUAUACUCCCACGCCAUCAAGGAGGCGCUCGGCUACAACCAGAAGUCGCUCACCAUGCUCGGCGUCGCCAACGACGUCGGCGAGAACGUGGGGCUCGUCCCGGGGGUGCUCGCCAACCGCCUCCCACCGUGGCUCAUCCUCCUCAUCGGAUCCGCCUGCGCCUUCUUCGGCUUCGGCACCGUCUGGCUCGCCGUCACAAAGACCGUCGCCAUGCCCUACUGGGUGUUGUGGAUAGCUCUAUGUAUUGGCACAAACAGCAGUGCAUGGUUGGGCACUGCAGCACUUGUGACCAAUAUGAGGAACUUCCCUCUGAGUCGAGGAACUGUUGCUGGUCUCAUCAAAGGUUAUGUUGCUGUUAGUGCCGCUGUCUACACGGAAGCAUUUAACGGAAUGCUUAACAAUUCACCCACGAACCUUUUGCUAUUGCUUGCUUUGGGGAUCCCGAUAGCAUGUGUUCUGGUGAUGUAUUUUGUUAGGCCUUGCACCCCAUCGCUCGACGAGGACAAUUCAACAGAGCACAGUCACUUCGUGUUCACACAAAUCUCUAGUGUCGUUCUCGGUGCAUAUCUGAUGGUAGCGACAAUACUCGGUGAUACUUUGAAACUAAGCGCAACUAUUACCUACCUUCUGUUUGGUAUAAUGAUACUUCUGCUCCUUUCUCCACUUGCAAUACCGAUAAAAAUGACACUUUAUCCAAGCAAACCAAAAGAUGAAAAGCCCAGCACCAUUGUUCCAUCUUAUUCAACAGACAGUUUGUCUGGUGCGGAUCAAGAGAGUGCAGAACCACUUCUGCGUGGCACAUCAAAUACUUUUGGUACAGGCACCAAUGAUUCUGAUGAGGCGACGGAUGUGGAUCUUCUGCUUGCUGAGGGUGAGGGAGCAGUUAAUUUGAAAAGGAGAAAAGGGCCAAGAAGAGGGGAUGAUUUCACAUUCGGUGAAGCCUUAGUCAAGGCAGAUUUCUGGCUGCUGUUCAUUGUAUACUUUUGUGGCGUUGGCACUGGUGUCACUGCUCUGAAUAACCUAGCUCAGAUUGGGAUUGCUGUUGGUGCUAAUGACACAACCGUUUUGUUGUGCCUCUUCGGCUUCUGCAACUUUGUUGGCCGUAUCCUUGGUGGAUCUGUCUCUGAAUAUUUCGUAAGGUCAAGAAUGCUUCCUCGUCCUUUCUGGAUGAUGUGCACACAAAUCAUUAUGGUGGUAACCUUCCUCCUUUUCGCAACUGGUCUCCAUAGCCUGAUAUAUGUUUCAACUACACUCCUGGGGAUAUGUUACGGGGUCCAGUUUGCCGUCAUGAUACCAACAGUCUCGGAGCUUUUUGGUCUGAAGGACUUCGGGCUGAUGUACAACUUCAUGCUCAUGGUGAACCCGAUCGGCGCGUUCUUCUUCUCAGCCCUUCUUGCUGGUUAUAUCUACGACAAGGAGGCAGCUAGGCAGAACCCGGGUGUGCUGGACCCUUCAAACUGCUUUGGGCCUGACUGUUUCAGGCUUACCUUCUAUGUCUGUGCCAUCGUGUGUUGCUGUGGAACCUUGAUCUGCGUGUUUUUCAUCGCGAGGAUCAAGCCAGUUUAUCAGAUGCUAUACGCUAGCGGAUCAUUCAGACACCCUCGACAUCAGCAGCUCUACUGAUGGAUCACAAUGGCAUCAAGAGGCAAAACUUGGAGGUAUGUAAAGCUAGAAAAAUCAGAGCAAAAUCAUCAGCUGGUUGUCUAUAGCCCCACCGCCUUAUUGCAUCACAUUGCAGUGAUGUAUUUCCACGGUUGCUUUGCUCGAUUCAUCCCUAUUGUAUUGGAGUGUAUGAGAGAGUUCCCUUGAUUUCAUUUGUUCCUGUUUUGUGUAAAGCGUGCAUCCGGUCGUUUAUGCAAGCGUGGGAUGGAAACUCGGGGUGCGUAUAUAUGAGCCGGUUUUGUUCGGUUGGAAAUCAGGAAACCAGAAAGGUUUUCAGCAUCCUGAGCAAUGAGCAUUAUCUUCUGCAUCCCCUUGGUGUUCGAUGUACCAAUAACCAUGAGCUUAUGAAUUCUAUCUAAGUAUAUUGUAUA